AUGGGAAGCGCUCAGAAUCAGACGUGGCUGCAGAAGCUGGGCGAGCAGUUGAAUGUCGACGUCGACUGGAUGGACCCCGCUUUCUCCAAGCGCAUGGCCACCGAAUUCGGCAUCGUACCAAAUGAUAUGACCAGCAACAAUAUCUGGGCCAACGUACAGAUGUCGCACCCGGACAACAAGGCCCUGAUCGAAACCUCCGCCAGAGAACUCAAAGACCAGGGCUGGCUCGCCAUCUACAACCGGAUCUGCGUGGGCAUGUGCAAAGCGAACAUCGACAACAUCAAAGGUCGCGUUGCGCUGCAAAUCGACCCGCACAAGGCGUACAACACGCAGGCGGUGUUGGACCAUGCACGAGCGUAUGCAAGAGAGUUCGACAGAGCGGGCAUUUCAAGGACGCAGUAUUUCAUCAAGAUCCCUGCGACGGGGCCGGCAUUGAAUGCGGCGCCGAUCCUGGAAGCUGAAGGGAUAAGGACGCUGGGAACGGCGGUGUUCAGUCUUGCGCAGGCGAUUGCGUGUAGUCAGGCGGGGAUGCUGUACAUCAGCCCCUAUCUGAACGAGGUCCGCGCGCACAGUGAUACGAGUCUGUGGCCAGAUGUUGAGGACCCAGCCACGCAGCAUCCGAACUCAGCGCGGAUCUGGCAAAUCCUAGAAACGUACAGAAGGCUGUACAAGGAAACGGGCAAGGAACAGCCACUACUGAAGAACGCAAGCAUUCUCUCGCCUCAAGAAGCAAUGGCUAGCGGCGAAAUGGGCUGCCAUUCCGCCACCCUAUCGCACACCUGCAUCGAAGCCCUGUCAAAGCUCACUUACGACGGCACGAAGCAGCCCGGAAUCGGAGCGCCGAAGCCGCUGCACGUGUACCAAAAUCCGGGACCCACGCCAGAGCGCUUGAAGAGGCUGAUGCACAUGGAUCCGCUCGCUUCGGCGGAUUGGGAUGGAAAGUUGGCGAGCACGGAUGUGGAUUAUCUUGCAAACAGUGGGGCGGAGCUGGAAAAGGCUAUCAAGAAGGACCCGGUGAGUGUAGCGAGGCUAGAGGACGCGUUAAAGCUUUUUCAAGGUGCUAUUGACGAGAGUCGAACGAAGAUUGAGGAUGUUUCAAAGGAAGUGUGA